UUGGCACUUGUAAAACAUAACUGGGAUCGUGAAUAAAAUGGCCAAAGAGGAGGAUGAUGAUAAUUUACCAGAUAAGGAUGCGGCGAAGGAGUUUUACGCUAAAUAUGAGCCAAAAGAAAUCAUAGGCAGAGGUAUAAGCUCCACGGUUCGAAGAUGUAUAGAAAAGGAGACCGGUCACGAAUAUGCGGCCAAGAUCAUAGAUCUCAGUCAGGAGUCACAUGAUGGAGUAGACACGCAUACAAUGCGUGAUGCUACUAGACAAGAGAUUCACAUUCUUCGUAUGGUGGCCGGACACCCUUAUAUUAUUGAACUCCAAGACGUGUUCGAAUCCGAAACGUUCAUCUUCUUAGUCUUCGAGUUAUGCAAGAAUGGAGAGCUGUUCGACUAUCUCACAUCAGUCGUUACAUUGUCGGAGAAGAAAACUAGAUACAUUAUGAGGCAAGUCCUAGAAGGCGUCCGGUUCAUCCACAGCAAGAAUAUUGUCCAUCGAGAUCUAAAGCCGGAGAAUAUUCUCUUGGAUGAUCAGCUGAAUGUGAAGAUCACGGAUUUCGGGUUCGCCAAGGUGCUUAAACAGGGGGAGAAAUUAUUCGAACUAUGCGGCACUCCAGGCUACUUAGCUCCAGAGACCUUAAAAGCAAAUAUGUUCGAAGACGCGCCUGGAUACGGCAUGGAAGUUGAUAUUUGGGCGUGCGGAGUAAUCAUGUUUACAUUACUGGUGGGCUGUCCACCGUUCUGGCACCGCAAGCAGAUGGUCAUGUUACGCAACAUCAUGGAAGGGAAGUAUUCCUUCACUAGUCCCGAGUGGGCCGACAUAUCAGAGGACCCCAAGGAAUUAAUCCGUCGUUUCCUAAUGGUAGACCCGAAUGAACGAAUAAAUCUGGAUGAAGCUCUGCAACAUCCCUUCUUCAAUACAGUGCUCUGGGACCAAGACAUGACCCCGUUGAAGAAGUCGCUGUCCAGUGCCAGUCGCCGGAUGUCCCGCAUCGAAGAACUCGCCAUGGCAAUCAAAUCAGGCGGAUUCAACGCACGCGCGAAGCUCCGCCUCGGCUUCAUCGCCGUCCGAGCUGCGGUGCGUCUGCGCCGUUUGCCGCAAACAGCCACGCGCGCUAUACCACUGUAUCUCGCUCUGCAGGAUCCUUAUGCCCUGCGUGCGCUUAGAAAGGUAAUCGACGGCUGUGCGUUCCGCGUCUACGGACAUUGGGUAAAGAAAGGCGAAGGACAGAAUCGAGCCGCGCUCUUCGAGAAUACGCCUAAAACAGAAUUGAAGAGUUUAUACGUCAGCAAUCUUAGUCGAUAGCUAAUGUUCUGAACGGAGUUAGAAUACCUCCUUAUUGUUUAUUAAUUCCUGGUACAUUGAAGCAAGACUCAACAACCAGGGUAGAGCGUGUAUUGUAUUCACCAGUCCACCGAACGCGAAUUCGUAGGUUAGUUGUAGAUGAUCUUAUUGUUCGAAGAGUCUUUUGUAUAAGUGGUUAAUCUGAAGUGUUUUUUGUUAAUCGUUACAUUUGAAUUUAACCCAUUCCACAAUAGAUGUCCGUACGUUAUUUUCACUUAUUUGCAUAUGCUUCGGACAAAAUUUAUACUUUUAAUCUCUCUAUAGAAAAACCUAUUAUGAAAAAGGCUUUAAGCCUCGUAUCUGAAGUCUUGAGUACAUAAAAAGAAAGUCACAAAUGGUUUUGGGGAAAAUUUUAGAUAUAAAAAACACUUUACCAAUCACCAUUACCCAAAGACGAAAACGUAGCUGAAUUUAUUGUUCGUAUUAUUCUACUGCUAAUAAUUAUACAUUGCAAUAAUGUAUCGUGUUUUCGGAUAUUGCAAUUAGUACAAAAUUGUAAUUAUGUGGCAAUGUUUUUAGCGAUAAUUUUUGAUCUUGAAAAGAGUGAGAAGUUUUUAAAAAACAAAGCGGUACUGUAGGUACCUGUAAUUAUGAGCACAGGAAUGAAGCUAAGUGAUACUAUCGGAAAUCGAACCUGUGUCCUAACGCAGUUACAUGCACUACAAG